CAACCUCGGAUCACGACUUGAGCGAUCGGAUCUUAUUGUGCAACUACCCCUUCAGCAACAUGAAUCAUGGCCAGGGGUGAUGUCCGCUCCUAACAUUGCGUAUAUGUGAGCCGAUUCCAAUUUCGAGAUGAAUUCGACGUUUGCCUCUGCGCCGUCCCCAACCCGUUGAGCUCGCCGGAAGUACUGGCCGGGGUACAUCGGUACCCUACCACAAUGCGCCAUGGCAGACAAACCCAAGCUCGGCAUCUGGCACACAACAACAUUGCAGGCUGCAAGGGAUCGUCAGCAGUCAUAUCCCACCACAAUCAUUGCCGGCCAAAAGAGGCCAUAUGAUGCUUCGCUUUCGCAUUCUUCUGACCGGUCCGAGCCAUCGCGGGGGCAGGCGCGGCCACAACCGCGGCUUCCUCAACGUGCCCCGAGCGGCUUUCUCGUCUCAGGAGGGGCUCCAAGACUCACAGCAAGCCGAGUAGAGUAUGCCGAGGGUGCCCCGGUCGGGGCUCUGCCGUCCGAGUACUCGCAGAGACAGGCCUUCGCUGCCACGCCAACAUCCACCAUCGACCCUUUGCUUUCCCUGUCCCACCCAGCCUACGGUCUCCCCAGCCAGCUCGUAGCGAACUUUGCUGCCCUGGGCAUAAGGUCCAUCUAUCCUUGGCAGAAACAAUGCCUCCUCGGCCCCGGUCUCCUGACAGGGGAAAAGAAUCUCGUUUAUAGCGCUCCCACCGGCGGCGGCAAGUCCCUUGUUGCUGACAUUCUCAUGCUGAAACGGGUCCUCGAGAGCCGCGACGCUAAGGCAAUCCUGGUGCUGCCAUAUGUUGCUCUCGUUCAAGAAAAGGUCCGCUGGCUGCGUAACGUAGUGAGCAACAUCCUGCGCGGAGACCUUGGGCAGAAAGAACAAGAUGAUAGACGGAAGCUUUGGGCUCGCAGGGCUGACAAAGACACCAUCCGGGUGGUUGGUUUCUUUGGUGGGAGCAAGAUCAAGGCCACUUGGGCGGACUUUGAUAUUGCUGUCUGCACCAUCGAGAAGGCAAAUUCGUUGGUGAACGCAGCGAUUGAGGAUUGCUCCAUCUCCAGCUUGCGAGCGGUUAUCCUGGAUGAGUGUCAUAUGAUCGAUGACGGCUAUCGGGGUUACCUGCUGGAGCUCAUGGCUACCAAAGUUCUGUGCCUUGGCCAGCCAGUUCAGAUCAUUGGCAUGAGCGCCACACUCACAAAUAUCGAACUCCUCAAAAACUGGCUACAAGGCCAUUCUUACGAGACUCACUACCGCCCGGUCCCCAUUGACGAACACCUCGUCUACGAAGGGAAGAUAUAUGCUGCGGGUACCACUGCCAGCCUCCUCAAAACGGUCAACCAACUGGACUCCAGGAGUCAGUUCAGCGAGCCCAGAGUGCAGCCCUUGCGAAUUAUUAGACCUUCGGACCACAAGGAGCUGAAAGACGCGGUCCGGAAUGCUGUGGUCGCGCUCGCAAAUGAAGCGGCCAGGGCGGGCUACGGGGUGUUGGUGUUCUCAAGCAGUCGCGCUGGCUGCGAGUCGGAUGCCAUCCUCAUAAGCCGCGUGAUGCCAAUGUUUGCGGAGGUAGACCCUGCCACUCAGGAGAAGAGACUGGACCUUCUUGGGGACUUGCGGAGCCUGAGCACGGGGCUCGACCCAAAGCUGGAGCAGACCAUUCCUUUUGGAGUCGCCUUUCAUCGUAAGGCCGGUCUCACAACUGAAGAGCGAGAGUUAAUAACCAGUGCGUAUGAUCGGGGAGUGCUCAAAGUAUGCGUCGCCACUUGCUCUCUCGCAGCCGGCAUCAACCUGCCCGCCAGGCGUGUUAUUCUUCAUGAUGCCCGAAUGGGGCGCGACUUCGUCGGCCCUGCUAUGCUGCGUCAGAUGCGCGGCAGGGCUGGGAGGAAGGGCAAGGAUGAAGUGGGCGAGACCUACCUCUGCUGUCGACAAAACGACCUGGAGGACGUCGUUGAUCUCAUGCACGCCGAUCUCCCGCAGAUCUCGAGCUGUCUCAUCUCAGACCAGCGCCGUAUUCGAAGGGCCUUGCUUGAAGUCAUUGCGAUUCGGCUAGCGACAAGCCGCGAAUCUCUUGACGACUAUGUCAGCAAAACCAUGCUGGCGCUCUCGGCAGAGCCAGACUCGAUACGCCAGAGCAUCGAGACCGGCAUCGACGAGCUCCGAAAGAUGGAGUUCAUCACUCGCGGCGACGACGGCAGCUUUCACGCAACCCGACUAGGCAAAGCCGUCGUUGCGUCGUCCCUCGAUCCCGAGGACGGCCUCUUCGUCCACAAUGAGCUGAAGAAAGCAUUGCAGGCCUUUGUGAUGGACGGCGAGAUGCAUGUCCUUUACAACUUUACACCGGUGCAUGACAUGGGAGGAGGCACGGUCAAUUGGCGGGUCUUUUGGAACGAGAUGCAGCAACUGGAUGACAGCGGUCUCAGGGUGAUGCACUUUCUUGGACUUAAGCCCGUCACUGUCAACAAGAUGCUCCACGGAGGUACCCUGAGUGAGUCCACGAGCGAAGAGAAGGAAGUCGCACGGCGCUACCAUCGAUUUUACCUUGCUUUGCAGCUGCGAGAUCUCUGUAACGAGAUGCCCAUACACCGGGUUGCGCAGAAAUACGACGUGCCGCGGGGGUCUGUUCAGACUUUGGCUCAGACCUGUCAGGGCUUUGCUGCUGGCAUGAUCAAGUUCUGCGAAACAAUGGGUUGGGGGGCAAUGGCUGCUGCACUCGAUCACUUCUCAGACCGGCUGAGGGCUGGGGCCAGGUCGGAUCUGCUAGCUCUAGCCAAGAUUACCUUCGUCAAGAGCAGGACUGCACGGAUCUUCUGGGACAACGGCUUCAAGACAAUCGCUGCUGUGGCGAACGCGGACCCGAAGGAGCUGCUCCCUCUUCUCAUGCAAGCACAGCCGAACAAGGUGAGGUUGGGGGCCAAGGACGAGGAAAAGUACAGGGAGAAACUGCUGGCAAAAGCGAAGAUCAUCGCCGACUCGGCAAACAGACUAUGGCAGAUCGAGAUGCAGCAGGAGCUCGACGACGAAUGAGCAGUCACAGGCCUGUUGGUUGCCAACAAGACUAAGCGGGUGUACAUACACUACAGCGAGUUCGCACUGGCUCACGCCGUCACUUUGCUCAAGGAUCAAAGCGUCCUGAUGCCACGGAGCCCGAGAAACAACGCCAGCCGGUGGUGCACGAUCUCCGUCACAUCCCCCAAGUUCGUCUGGGCUGACCAGAUGAACGGGAUCUACAUGCACCGAUCGAGACGUGUGAUGCGAAGAUUGAAGCCAGGACUCAGGAGUUGGUGUUGCUACACUAACACGGCGAAGGAGGGGCGCAUCCUCCCAUUGACCAGGGUCGAUCUGCAGUGCAUGCAGGGCCGUGCACGAGAUUCACGCUGCAGGAAGCAACUUCUGGACGCCCCG